UCUGAAAGCAACCGAAAAUAGAAGUCGGUCGCUAAAUAUUGUGCAUAUGCUGCAAAAUCGCGAAUCGGUUUUCAAACAUAAAAAGAAAAGUACACCGUGGCAUUUUUACAGGAGCAUCACUCCAAAUCUCACUGUUCAAUAUGUUGAUAUCCCGUCUAUUUACUUGCGCAAAUUUACUCCAGACGGCAGCAAACUAAUCGGCUUCUCCCACGAUCAACAUUCAUUGCUUGUGUACAAUUACAAGGGCAUCGCGGCGGCUGGAGAAGUCCUCAGUGAAAGUGGCGUGGGCAAUAAGGAAUGGAUAUCUAAUGAUAUGCUUCGUAAGAAACUCUUUGAUCAACUGUUCCACAUUAAAUUCGUAUUGAACAUAUGUCAAGACAAUUUUGCACGUUAUCAUCUGCAUCGGGAAUUCAGCGUGUUCCUGGAAAACGGGCGUUACGUCUUAAUCGCUGCGAUGUUACCAUAUGCAGCCCACGCGCUGCCACCCUCCGACUAUUUGCGUUACCCCGAUAUCUAUGACAGAGUUGUUCCUUACACGUAUCUCUUCAGUGUUGUGGACCUGAAGCUCGGAAUAAUAUCUGAUCAAGUGAUCUUACCACACGAUGCCAUCACCAUGUCACACAAUCAUGGGGUUUCUGUGUAUGGCAAUACCAUUGCGAUCCUAUCAAGGCUGUAUCAAUGCGUCCAUAUAUUCGAGCUUGUCAAUGGGGUCUUGGUUAGACAGGAGCAAAUUGGCCCCAGGCCGCGUGGUCAUAUGAGCAAUAUUGAUGAAGACAUUGGCCCCAUAAAUGUUAACAGCAAAUUGGCCAUAACGCAUAUAAAACAAAGAGUCCUCAGUUUUCUUUACAAGCAAUUCGAAUGUGACGACAUGAUGACGAGGGAGCAAAAGUGCGUAAAUUAUCAGAAAUUUUACAAGAAUUUUAGUUUUAUAGAGUUCAUGGUGAUGGAAAAAAUGCAGCUUAUCGACAAUGAGUUUAUGUUAUUGCGGUAUGAGGAACGUCCAGGAGUUAAUGAUAUAAUGGAAUCUAUGACACCACGCCGUUUAUUCGUGUUCUAUUCAAUCUCCAGCGAAAACGUUGUAGGCGUAUAUCAGGAAGAAUCUGCAAAGUUUCUUAAUAUUGUAUUGAAAUAUAACGAUACAUUUUGCAACGUGCGGUCCUUUCAAACAGGCGCCGGACCCUUAUCGUCCACAAACCAAAUCGUACGGAAAACUAUUCAAAGCCUUGCAAAAUCACCUGCACUUUUGCAUGAGGCAGUAAUCCGCUUUAAUCAGUCCGUACCUAUCAGCAGCCAGAGUUUUACAACGACACCGUAUUUAAACUGUAAUCUAUUCUGCUAUGAUGAAAAAGCGGUUUCACCGAUGGAACGACCAAAAAUCUGCUCAACGUCACCUAUUCAGUUCCUUGACAAAGCCAGCGGCUUGAUUGCGUUUCGCCUGAACUCACAGGCGCGUAUGCCUGUUGAUUUGAGUGCUCCUCGUGAACUAUGUGCCUUCAUCUUCCAUCCAUACGAGCCCCUAGUGAUCAGCAUACAAAAAUGUAUGCAUCGCUACACAUUCAACGUACAUAUUUACAAUCAAAGUACGAUCGUCAAACAAUAUUAAUAUGGAACCGAAAUGUGAUUUUUUGUACCUCGAUGCAAAUGGGAACAACAUUAGUUUAGACCAUAAAUAGCAUGGCAUGUUUUUAAUUUUACUAUAUAAUUAUAAGUGUUUGCAAUCAACAGUUCUAUGCUAUUUACUAAUAAAAGAGUAUAUUUAUAUAUUUUAUUCUGUA